AUGGAGGAUUCUAGAGAAGAGCACGGCCGAUGCAUCAUGCAACAAAACAGACAGUCGUGUCUUUUUCAGGAUCGAUGCACCAGUGUUGGUGAAGCACAUUGCGGUGCAACAGACAGGUCAAUGAGUCAGGUUUGGGAUCAGUUCGGUGAUUGCUUGGCCGAAGCGAUCACUAAGGCUGAGCCGAUCAGAGGCAAACGAGAAUGCCUUAAGGCGUGGAAUGCACUCAUUUCUUUCAUUGUGGAUAGUACUAAGGGUGGCUACCUGGCAGAGUACAAAAGGAGGAGUGCUAAGAAGUGGUCUCGACAAGAGAACACUGCUGCUGAUACAAUCUAA